UCCCCUUACCUGGGUACCCUGCGAGUAGGCACGUCCCAGUGGAGCAAGGUCUGGACACCCGCCACCUCCUCCAACCACUCCAGCUGCACCCUCCCAGGAGGAUGGAGAACCUGUUUGCCAGCUGCCACAACCCAAGCACGAGCCUCCCUCCCUGUAGUCGAGUACACAUCACCCAGUCUUCGCCCCAAAUCCCCUCUUUGGAGCGAUCCUAAAGUCUGGAGUCCAAGCUGUUACUUUCUAGACUGGCAAAUGGAGCACGUAACUUUUUCUGACUAGGAAGAGGUGGAAUGGGUUGUCUAACUUUCUGGGCAAGCAGGUGGUGUGGCUGGGGACAAAGGCCUUAGCUCUCCUGGUGUCCUGAGCCUUUAAUUAUGCAGAGUCGGCCCUACAGCCUCGCCCUUACCUGAGCAUUGACACCUUACAAAGACUCAGGAAUUCCACUUGGCUGGUCCAAGAUUAGAUCAUUUCUCCGGGCUAUCGAAGCUCAGGCCGGCCUCAGAACUGAAGGUCCAUUGCCCAGCCUCCUUCCUCCCUUAGACGCUCCCUCAGUCCCAAGGGCCCAUGCUCAGGCUUCUUCCUUCAAACCCAGGGAUUUGCCCCAGCAUGCCUUUGGCUGCAAGAAAUCAUCCAGCUCUUCGCCCUCACAGAUCCUGGCUCGGUGGGAAAGAGACUGACCCCACCCAUCCCCCAGGGCAUCUGGGGAGCACCAGUGCUGGACCGUCUCUGGUGAAAGAAGGUUUAGGAUUGCAUCAGGGAGGCCGGCAGUUGAGCACAGCAUCUGAGUGCUGAGCAGGGGGUGCUGAGGCCUUAGUAUCUUGUCAGCUGGGGAUUCCACGGGAGACAUAACUUUCGCUUUGCCUGAGCCCCAGUCUGAACCUGCAUCUGCUUUGCUGGGGCGUCUAAGUCAGAAGCCGGCGCCAGACAACCGCUCACGGACGCUUGCUUGCCGGGGGCUCUUCAUAGAGAAGUGCGUCAUUGAUGGAGUGGAUGAAACCUCCAGUUGGGGUCCUGGGACUGCGGGUCCCUCUGCUGGCUGUCUUCCUCCUGGGGGUCUGCCAGGCACACCCCAUCCCCGACUCCAGCCCCCUCCUCCAGUUUGGGGGUCAAGUCCGGCAGAGGCACCUCUACACAGAUGAUGACCAGGACACUGAAGCCCACCUGGAGAUCAGGGAGGACGGCACAGUGGUCGGCGCCACACACCGCAGCCCAGAAAGUCUCCUGGAGCUCAAAGCCUUGAAGCCAGGGGUGAUUCAAAUACUGGGUAUCAAGGCUUCUAGGUUUCUUUGCCAACAGCCCGAUGGAACCCUCUACGGAUCGCCUCUCUUUGAUCCGGAGGCCUGCAGCUUCAGGGAGCUGCUCCUUGAGGAUGGAUACAAUGUGUACCAGUCCGAAGCCCAUGGCCUGCCCCUGCGCCUGCCCCAGAGGGACUCUUCAAACCAGGACCCAGCAUCCUGGGGACCUGUGCGCUUCCUGCCUGUACCAGGCCUGUUUCACCAGCCCCAGGAGCUUCCAGGGUUCCUGGCGCCAGAGCCCCCAGAUGUGGGCUCCUCUGAUCCACUGAGCAUGGUGGGGCCUUUGCAGGGCCGAAGCCCCAGCUAUGCUUCCUGAAUCUUCCUGAUUCUGGGGAUGUAUCAUUUUGGGUUUCUUCUUAUUUAUUAUGGGUAUUUAUCUUAUUUAUUUAUUUUAAAUUUUUUCUUACUUGGGAUAAUA